UAAAAAGAAAGUAGUGUGUUUUAUUGUGGCCACGUUAAGUGUGGAUCCACCCUUCCGUCGUUGGAUCCUAGUUACCCAACCAACCAAGUAAUUGGAUACUCCACUUCUGUCGUUGGAUCCUACUUACGGAUCUACUUCUAGAUUUUUUCCUAGAUUUACCUGGUCUUCUAUAGCCAGCCAUUUUUGUUACACACGAGUAUAUAGUUCUUAUAUAGUUGAAUCCAAACCUCAUCCUACGAAUUUUAAUACUUGUCUAAGAACGACUGAAGCUUUGAUUCAGAUAUUUCCGUUCUCGUCUGUUUGCGUUGGAUCUUUACUUGGCUCCCUGUCGUUUAUAUCAAUGCACAAUUGCAGACCUACAUGUUCAAAUACGAUGGUGUACACGGCCAGUGGAAGCACCACGAUAUUAAGGUUAAGGACGGCAAGACUCUUCUCUUUGGAGAAAAAGCAGUCGCCGUUUUUGGUACUAGGAACCCGGAGGAGAUCCCAUGGGGAGAGGCUGGAGCUGAGUAUGUGGUUGAAUCCACUGGAGUUUUCACUGAUAAGGACAAGGCUGCUGCUCAUUUGGAGGGCUGUAAAAGAAGAAGUAAAAACAUCAUAACACAUCACAGAGAUGGAGGGAAGGAGGUGGAAUUAAAUGGAAAGAUUUUGAUCUCAAAAGAGGUGGAAUCGAAGAGUAAAAAAAAAUCCAAAAUACAAAGUCCCACCUCGCUCCACUCUCAUUUCUGCUCCAAACCCACCCUCCGAUAUCCAAUUGACGAUUCCCACCCUCCGAUAUCCAAUUGACGAUUCCCACCCUCUCCAUUCUUGUUCCAAACCCUUCUUGAUAUCCCUUGCCAAUUGACCAUUCUUGUUCCAAACCCUUCCUGAUAUCCUUCGCCAAUUGACGAUUCCCACCCUCAUUUCUGCAAACCCUCUCCAACCCAUUCUUGCUGCAAACCCUCUCCAACCCAUUCUUGCUGCAAACCCUCUCCCACCCAUUCUUGCUGCAAACCCUCUCCCACCCAUUCUUGCUGCAAAACCCUCUCCCACCCAUUCUUGCUGCAAAACCCUCUCCAGCCCAUUCUUGCUGCAAACCCUCUCCCACCCAUUCUUGCUGCAAACCCUCUCCCACCCAUUCUUGCUGCAAACCCUCUCCAACCCAUUCUUGCUGCAAACCCUCAACCCUCCCCAUUCUUGCUGCAAACCUUCUCCAAUCCAUUCUUGCUGCAAACCCUCAACCCUCUCCAUUCUUGCUGCAAACCUUCUCCAAUCCAUUAUUGCUGCAAACCCUCAACCCUCUCCAUUCUUGCUGCAAACCCCUUCCUAAUGUCGCGUUGGUUCUCAGUGGUCAGAGUACUUAAUGUCAUAGCGGGAGUAGCCAUCCUCACGAGGGUAUCAAAUUAUACUCUGCGUCCUGGCGAAACAGGUAUAAUUUUUAGAAAAUUCGGCAAAUCACCCGAGGAGCCUGUUCGAGAAGGGACCCAUUUCUUGAUUCCAUGGAUCGAAGAAAUUCGAGUCGUGGACAUGACGGGUCGUCCUCAGACCAUCACAUUGCAAUGCUUCCUACAGCACCUUCAGUCAGUCACAGUGACGGUAUCGAUUCUGUAUCGACCCGAUGUGACUGCCCUGGUAGGAAUGAGCAAAAAAUUAGGAUUCGAUUAUUACACCGAGGUUAGUAAUUGUUUUUUAUUUUUAGAAUCUACACAUCACGGGUUAGUAAGUAACAUACUUUUUGUUUUUGUUCAGAUGAUGAAAUCUAUCACCUUCGAAAAGGUUCAUUCCGUAAUCUCUCAAUCAACUGCCGGUGAAUUAU